UUUCAAGUUGCUGAUGGCCGCAUCUAUCUCAGUACUACUAGUAGGCUAGCGCUAUGCUCAUACCUUCUUGUGCUCCCGGAACAUUCACCGGCUUUGUGCGGCCACCUGUACUAUUAAGUGCAUGAUUACUCUCUGAAGUUCCUUCGAUUUACAGCCUUCCCGUCCUCCAAAGAAGAAUCAGCAACUUGUACAUUCGCGCCAUGACCCAGGUCGUGGCAAAAUACAGUUCCGCUAUCAGGAUUGUGGCUUCGGUGAUGACUGGUUUUGUUUUCUUGAUUUUGACUGCGCAAGUUUGGAUCUAUUUUCGGAGACGAUUUCGGGAGAACUGCAGGCAGUGUAAAGCUUUCGUUGCCUUCAUCUGGUUGAUCCAAGCUGCUCAAAUGAUAAUCGCUACUUGGAUAUCGUUUGCUCAUGCGUUGGAGUUCAAUCAUACACUCGGCCAUAUGUUGAUAAACUGGGCGCUUUACACCGGAAUGAGUUCCUUGACCACAUCUGUUGUGCAUGGCAUUUUCAUAUCUAGGGUCUUCAGACUUGAGAAGAGUUUCUAUGGUAAACGGAGAAUAACAUCCGUCCUGAUUGCAUUUUGUGUCAUGGAGCAAGUCUUUGGUCUUCUUGGUGCAAUCUACGUCUCUCAACUAAGCCAUUACAACUUAAAUGUCAUGAUUGACUGGUCUACCUUGAUCUCGCUUGGUUGUUCAGCAAUCAAUGAUGUUCUUAUCGCUGGAACUACGGCUUAUAUUCUCCGCAAACACAUGACUGAAUCGCCAAGAACCAACCGAAUGAUCACAAAACUUAUCAUAUUCUGCUCGCAAACGGGUUUGAUUACAACUGUGGUGGCAUCUAUCACUAUGGGAAUUUGGGCAGCUUGCCGUUUCGAUGUGUAUCAUCUACAUAUGUGUUUUCCUAUUGGAGGCUUAUAUGCUACAUGUUUUCUCGCCAAUUUAAUCGCUCGGGAUUCCUACCUGCAGCCACAGACAGUCCACGAAACCGAGAUUUCCGAAAUCAGUUUUGCACGCUCCACACAGGCGAUUCAUGUGGGCUUGCCAGACAAUAAAUCCGGGCCGCAGGAAAUAUCGGUAAUGCAAGAAGGAACAGAUUCCUCAAAAGCGUCCUCCUGUUAAGUCGAUCCACUAUAAUCCUUUGGACAUAAUGUCACCGUCUCGGUGUCGUAGCAAUUGCUUAGAGUUAAGUACUAAGUUUGUUAGUGCUUCGCACGUGACACGACGCGAUGCGCCUAGCGGAAUCGAACUGUUGGAAUACGAACCAUCGUAUAUAGACCAUCGUGUUUCGUCUUCUCCCCUCAGUCUGUUCCAUUACGACUGAGGGUGAGCUCUUUGCAUAUACGAAACAUACCUAGACACUAACGGACGCUUAUAGCUAACGCACUGUCUAGGCAUAUCAUAAUAUAUAAGUCUGUUCCAUUACGA